UACGUUGUACUGAUGUUGGUAGUAAACUUGCAAACUGUUAUAAAAGUUAUUCCACAGUAGCGGAUUUACUGGAGGUUUUGCCACCGUCCUUUGGCUUUUUUACGCUUAUAUUUUUUUUUACCCCACGGCCCACCUGGAGACGCUUAUGCUUAUUACGGAAUCAUUUUCUGUCCUGGAUUGAAACUCACCGCGCGGCACCGCUGUUAGUAUAUAACCAGUGUCUUGUACGUUUUGCAAAAACGCCUGAUAAUAAGCCACUGCUCUGAAUGUACUUUACGAGGACUAAAGUCCCUUCCGUGGUACAAGUUCCAAACUCUAAAUCCUUCCGCACAUCGGCAACGUCUGAACAGUUCAUUCGGAUUUCUGCAGAUCAAGUGCGACGCAAUGGCACGAUAUUCGCGAACGGAGGGAACGAUCGCAUUGAUCACUCUAUCCAAUCCACCUGUCAACGCACUCGGUGCUGCAGUGCGCAGGACUAUCACGGACAUAAUGCAUCGUGCGCUCACAGAUGGUGAGGUGAAGGCUGUGGUCCUGUGUGGGGAGAACGGGACAUUCUGCGCAGGUGCAGACAUCCGAGAGUUUGGCAAGCCCCCAUCUGGACCUGCACUGGUGCCCCUGAUCCACGACAUGGAGGCAUCAGAGAAGCCAGUGGUGGCGGCCAUAGAGGGCGUGGCACUGGGGGGUGGGCUAGAGAUAGCUCUUGGCUGCCACUAUCGCAUCGCUCAUGCUAAGGCACGGCUGGGAUUUCCCGAGGUCAUGCUUGGACUAAUCCCUGGUGCUGGAGGUUCACAGAGACUGCCCCGACUAAUUGGCAUCCCAGCGGCCCUGGAGCUCAUCACAACAGGUCGGCUUGUUUCUGCUCAGGAGGCCCUCAAGCUCGGCAUUGUGGACCAGGUCGUUGAUGGCAACACGAUUGAAACUGCAGUGAAGUUUGCACUGAAUGUUAUAGGCCGUCCCCUGCUCUCCCGUAGGCUGAGUGAGCGUACUCCUGCCUUCAGUGUGGAUGCGGCGGCAGUGCUGGAGGAGGGCAUGGCACGGGUGAAACAGCGGGCACGAGGGGCCUUUGCCCCGGUGGUGUGUGUGCAGGCGCUGAGAGCUGCUGCCACGCUGCCCUACAGCAGGGGCAUGGAGACAGAGGAGCAACUCAUAAACACGCUGAUUGACUCCAGCCAGGCCCGUGCCUUGCAGUACUGCUUCUUUGCCCAGAGGAAUGCUCGGAAAUGGAGUCUUCCCUCUGGAGCUCGGUGGAACAAUAGCAAGCCCAGAGCGGUCCAUAGAGUUGGAGUCGUGGGCUUGGGCACCAUGGGCCGGGGCAUCACUGUGUCUCUGGUCAAGGCGGGAAUCUCUGUGGUUGCUGUGGAGAUGGAGGAGAAGCAGAUGGAUUUGGGCAUGCGGGCAGUGCUGGGAAUGCUGGAGAGAGAUGCACAGAGACGAGGAGACACCCGCCCCCCCACACACCUCCUCACCUUCACUCUGUCCCUGCAGCAGCUCGGGAACGUGGACCUGGUCAUCGAGGCCGUGUUCGAGGAUAUGGCGCUUAAGAAAUGUCUUUUCACUGAGCUAUGCAAUGUGUGUAAGCCUAGCACCCUGCUGUGCACCAACACCUCCGGACUGGACGUGGAUGCGCUGGCCGUGGUGACCCACCGUCGCUCCCUGGUGGUGGGGAUGCAUUUCUUCGCCCCGGCUAAUGUAAUGAAGUUGCUGGAGGUCGUCUGUGGACCUCAUUCCUCAGCUGAGGCUGUCGCCACAGCAAUGACCCUGGGGAAGCGGUUGGGCAAGGUGGGCGUGGUCGUGGGCAACUGCCCGGGCUUUGUUGGUAACCGCAUGAUGAAGCUGUAUCUGGAUCAGGCCUACUUCCUGCUGGAGGAGGGUGCAGCACCAGAACAGGUGGACCAGGUUCUGGAGGAGUUCGGAUUCACCAUGGGGAUCUUCAAGGUAUCUGACCUCUCAGGGCUGGAUGUUGGAUGGAGAGUUCGGAAAGCGUCUGGACUAAUCGGGCCUGACGUCAACCCGAAAACACCUUCCCGCUGGCGGCAGGGCUGCAGGUACAGUCCUCUUCCCGACCUGCUUUGCGAGCAGGGCCAUCUGGGCCAGAAGUCCGGCAGGGGCUGGUAUCUGUAUGAAACACCCGGUGGCAAAGAGCCGAAGCCUGACCCGGCGAUGCACAGAUUCCUGCAAGAAUACAGGAGCAGGUAUGGCCUCACACCACGCCACGUCCACGCACAUGAAGUUAUCGAGCGCUGCACCUAUGCCAUGGCCAACGAGGGUUUCCGUAUCCUGGAGGAAGGCAUAGCCGCCAGGGCGGAGGACAUCGACGUCAUCUACGUGUUUGGCUAUGGUUGGCCAAGGCACCGUGGAGGGCCCAUGUUCCAUGCCGCCCAGGUGGGCCUGGCUACAGUCCUACAGCGGUUAGAGCACUACCACCAGCUCCACCCUGAUGUGCCCCACCUCCAGCCCAGCCCGCUCCUCCAGAGACUGGUGGAGGCUGGCAGUCCUCCGGUCCACCACUGGAGGGAGCAUGUCCAGCACCUACACAGCUACCUCUAAGAGUCCCGUUCAAAUCCGCCUAAAACAGCAUUACUGAUCCCCCAUUCAAAUAAGCCUGACUCAGCAGUACUGAUCUGAAUUGCUUUCUGUAAAGUCCUUGAGAGGAAAAAAAAAAUUAAACUGCAUUUUCUUGGCUAAAAUAUUUGAUGAUUACAAGAAAUAAUUAAUAAUAAUUGAUGUAGGUUAGCGUUUUUAUGUAUUCAAUUAUGUUUAUGUGCAGAAUUGUUAUUAAUAUUUGUUAACAUUUGUGAAGAUUACUAAAAUGUGAAUGUAGCCUUGUUUCUAAAAUUAAACAUAUGAACCUAUUAAAUAAAUCUAUAUAGCAAUAUCUUUGUUGUGGGGACUUCAGGAACUGAUUAAGAGUCUUUGCUAUCAAACGUUUGAGUAUAAAUCUUCCUAGCAAUGUAAUGCUCUCUAACAUGCUUGUGUAAGGUUUCAGUAAUAAACCACUGACACGUCA